AGUAAAGGCACUAGGACCUAGAUUUUCUGAUCCAGUAUAUAUUUUGCUGUGCAACAUCAAAAUGAAAUAUUCUUUAAUAAAUUUGAUAGGCAGUAGAAAGCAAUAUUAAUAAUUUUGUUUUCCUACUUUUGCCUUUUAUUAAAAAUUAUGUUUAUUUUUGAUAGCAUCACUUAGGGGUAAUGCAUUUGGCUGCAUAGAGGUUUUAUUUUUUUAAAGGGUAGAGUCUUACUGUGCUUCAAAGUUAUGCUUUUAAAUGAACCUGUAAUGCUUUCUUUUCUUUUACCAUCAAUAUGUAGGCAUCAAAACUGCUUUCACCAGAAAAUGUGGUGAGACAGCUUUCAUUGCGCCCCAGUGUGAAAUGAUUCCAAUUGAAUGGGUUUGUAGAAGAAUAGCAACUGGUUCUUUUCUCAAAAGAAACCCUGGUGUCAAAGAAGGAUAUAAGUUUUACCCACCUAAAGUGGAGAUGUUUUUCAAGGAUGAUGCCAAUAAUGAUCCACAGUGGUCUGAGGAACAGCUAAUUGCUGCAAAAUUUUGCUUUGCUGGACUUGUUAUAGGCCAAACUGAAGUGGACAUCAUGAGUCAUGCCACGCAGACUGUUUUUGAAAUACUGGAGAAAUCCUGGUUGCUCCAGAAUUGUACAUUGGUUGAUAUGAAGUCAUAUCGUGACCUCAAAGAAGUAACUCCUGAAGGGCUGCAGAUGGUAAAGAAAAAUUUCGAGUGGGUUGCAGAAAGAGUAGAGUUGCUUCUGAAAUCAGAAAGUCAGUGCAGGGUUGUAGUAUUGAUGGGCUCAACCUCUGAUCUUGGUCACUGUGAAAAAAUCAAGAAGGCUUGUGGAAAUUUUGGCAUUCCAUGUGAACUUCGGGUAACAUCUGCCCAUAAGGGACCAGAUGAAACUCUGAGGAUUAAAGCUGAGUACGAAGGGGAUGGCAUUCCUACUGUAUUUGUGGCAGUAGCAGGCAGAAGCAAUGGUUUGGGACCAGUGAUGUCUGGUAACACUGCAUAUCCAGUUAUCAGCUGUCCUCCCCUCACACCAGACUGGGGGGCUCAGGAUGUAUGGUCUUCUCUUCGACUACCCAGUGGUCUUGGCUGUUCAACUAUACUUUCUCCAGAAGGAUCAGCUCAGUUUGCCGCUCAGAUAUUUGGAUUAAACAAUCAUUUGGUAUGGGCCAAACUGCGAGCAAGCAUAUUAAAUACGUGGAUUUCCUUGAAGCAGGCUGAUAAGAAAAUUAGAGAAUGCAGUUUAUAAACACUUCAUUGCAUUUUUUACAAGCAAGCUCUACAAAUUCCUAGUUUAGCUGCAGAAAAAAAUCAUGCAAGAUGAAAAGAUUCUAAAUUAGAGAAAACAAAUAAAAUGUAUUGAAUAAAUGGUUCUGUAGAUUCAUGAAUUAGAAGAACAUCUGUAUAUAUUUAUCAAUAUAUUUCUUUGUAAGUAGUGAAGUUACUAUAUGGGCAUUUUUAGAUGAAGCCAUUUUACUUAAUAGGAGUCCCUGGUUGGCGCAGAUGGUUAAGUGCUUGACUACUAACCGAAAGGUUGGCAGUUCUAACACCCAUAGAGUCACCUCUAAAGAAGGGGAUGGCAGUCUGCUUCUGAAAGAUCAUAGCCAUUAAAAACCCUAUGAAGUACAGUUCUACUGUAACAGAAGGGGGGGGUCGCCAUGAGUCAGAAU